GUUGACACGUGUUUGUCCCUCUCUUGAUCUUACUACUUACUCGUUGUUGCGCCUUGGGAUUGUAAGUGGAAUUCUUGCAGCUUUCCCUCUCAUAGUAAUAUGGCAAGGCACGAUUCUCGCUCAGCUUCACCAUACGCUAAGGAGGAUAGAACAUACCCUGACCGGUCUCGCGAGAAACGGCCAGUUCGACACGACGAUUAUGACGAUAGACGGAAACGCCAACGUCGAAGCGAGAGCAGGGGCAGGAGCAGAAGUCGUGAUAGAGAGGAGGGUUCGUCUAGGCUACACAGACAUAGAAGUCGAAGCAGGGAGGGUGACAAGAAAAGGCAUAAACGAGACAAGUCCGAGGAACGGAAAGCACGGAAGGCAGAGAAGAAACGUAUAAAGGAAGAAGAAGAGGCUCGUCAAGUUGCGGAGCUCAGUAUUUACAGCGCAACCGAUAACCCAUUCCACGACGUGAAUCUCGGUCAGCAGUUCCGCUGGCACAAGAAGAACGAGAAAGAAAGGAAGCAGGGUUUGUCGCUUGCAGAGUCCCAAACAAGGGAUGCUAUCAGACGACAAGAAGCCAAGGAGGAACUGGAGCGGUUGAAUCGAAGACGUGCAGAACGGGAGGCCGAGCAGCGGUUGCGAGAGGAAGAGGAAAUUCGAAUGCAACGUCUUGCUGAAUCUGCUCAGAUGGCUGAUUGGCUUUCGAAGGAGGAAGACUUUCAGCUAGAGCAGGAACGAACACGCGCUGCAAUCCGAAUCAAGGAGAAACGGGCAAAGGCCAUUGACUUCCUGGCGCUGAAUCUUCGUUAUGUCAAUCCCAUCAGUGAGGAAAAUGAAGAGGUGGAUGACGAAGAGCUUGAGAUCGACCUCGACGAGCCAUAUAAUAUUCUGGACAGUCUUUCACCACAACAAGUGGAGGAGUUGCAUGACGAUAUUGAAAGAUAUUUGAGAUUGGAACAAUCAGAAGUAAACAUCGACUUCUGGACGAACAUGAUGGUGGUUGUCAAAGACGCACUCGACCGCAUCAAAGCGAACAAGCGAAUGGGAGUCGAAGCUGCUGCCGCUGUCGAAGCAGACAUUACCGCCUUGCUUCGAGGCAAAACCUAUGACCAUCUGGUUGCCUUGCAGAAGCAGAUUCAAACCAAGUUAGGCAGCGGUGAACCUAUUGACGCGGAAUAUUGGGAGGGUUUACUGAAGAAAGUGAUCGUCUGGAAGGCGAAGGCCAAACUCAAAAGUCUGCAUGAAGUUGUCGUGCGUAAUCGGCUGGAACAGCUCCGGAAGCGACAGCGCGAUGAGGCUUUGCAAGCUCAAGAAGAGCUGCUUGCAGGUGUUGCUAAAUCUGCCGCUCGUGGCGAUCGUCGUGGUGUCAUGCCCGAGGUUGACGGCUCAGGCCAAGAGGCCGUACCGCCUGAAGAGGUGGAACCAUAUGACGGGUCAAUGAGCCCCACUUUGCUCGACAUCAGAAAGCUUCCAUAUGAGGAGCGGCAGAUUGACAUUGUUACUGAACUCGAAGAUCUGCGUGAACUGAUGCGACAGCGCCGAUCUGUGGCUGCCUCUAGAUUCGUACCCAAGACCCAGCAAGCGCCAAUCGAAGUGCAGGACGUCGAGGCCCCAAGUAACGCUGAUUUGGCAUCUGAGGCCCUUUACCGUGCUGAAGCCGAGAGAGAGCUCGACGAGGAGGAAGAACUAUUCAACGUCGAAGAGAAUAUCGCUCACCCAACCUCAUAUAAUUGGGAAGACAAGUAUCGUCCCCGCAAGCCGAGAUACUUCAAUAGGGUGCACACUGGUUAUGAAUGGAACAAAUACAAUCAGACCCACUAUGAUACGGACAAUCCUCCUCCCAAGGUCGUUCAAGGCUAUAAGUUCAAUAUCUUCUACCCUGAUCUCAUCGACAAGUCAAAAGCUCCGACAUACAAAAUUGUCAAGGAGCCAGGCAAUGACGAGACUGUUCUGCUCCACUUCACAGCAGGACCACCAUAUGAGGACAUUGCCUUCCGGAUCGUGAAUCGUGAAUGGGAGUUCUCUCAUAAAAGAGGAUUCAGGAGCAGUUUCGAUCGCGGCUGUUUAUCCUUAUGGUUCAAUUUCCGUCGCAACUUCUAUCGCAAGUGAUCGUUCCACUCGCUGCCCUAUGUAUCUCCGCUUGUAAUUCAUAGAUACUCUUCCAUCUGAAAACCCCUUACUAUUUCUGGACUUCUGGCCUCAUGCCAUUGGACACUUGUGAUCAAACAGCACCCAUACUGUACCACUGAUAAGUAAGCCAUUGUUACGCACUCACAUGAUCAGUGCCGAUGUUCGUUCCCUUCCUGAAUACUUGCCAUAUUUAUGUAAUCAGUAUAAGAUGAUAGGAACCGAUAGGCUGCAGAGCAUGAGGUUGGGCGUAACUUAGUAGUAGUGUAUAUGAGCAUCCGAAGAAUCGCCAUCUAUUGAACUUCUGACUGGCUUGCAUCUAUUACGGCAAGAUGAGUAGGAUUCCGUGACCUUUAGCGUCAAGGUGAUGAAUAUGUGGGAAGGACGUGGAAAAUUCGCACAUAUAAAGCUUAACCUACAGC